CCUCCGCGUGCUAAGAAUAGUGCAGCCGAGCCUACUGCUGAGCGUUUGUGGAUCACCUCUGGAUCGGCUGGAUCUGCUGCAGAACAAACUCAAAUUCUGAAGUUGGAGAACUGUCUUUUCCAGCCUGUGAUUCAUCUCAGCGUUUGUAUAGCAUGCGGUCUUACGUCUUUGCUGUCAGCUUUUCUGUUUGCCCUGUUAAAAGGCUGGAGGAAGCGGGACGAGCCAGUGGUGCAUGGGCUGCACUGUCCUUUCUUAUUAUUUAGUAGCUGGAACUUCUUCUGGUCUGUGUUUGACCUCACAUGGAGCAUUUGCAGUGGUUGUGAGAGGUGCAUAAUAUCUUUAGCCUUUUCUAGUUGUAAUAAUUGAAGAGAGUUUGGCAUUAAAAGUAGAUUCAUCUCUUGGUGAAAUGAAUCCUUUAAAGACAUUUCUUCUCAUACUCCUCAAAUGGAUAAGUGCGUGGGUGAAAAGUGGUCUUGUGAGACUGGGGGGAGCUUUUCCAGGAGUUAAUUCUUGGAUAGCACCACCAGACAGAAGACCAAGCCACGUGGACUCUGAGUGGCAAACCAAAGAGCCGCUCCGGACAUAUCGGCUCGGCGAUGGCGCAGAAACCAUGGUUACGGUCCAGACCGGCACACACGCCUUCUAUGUGGACCUCAGGAGGCUUUCAGAGUGCAGCGAGUACUUCAGGGCCUUGUCCCAGUCCAGCAUGAGAGAGACAUCAGAGAGCCUCAUCCACCUGGACCACGUGUCCUCCUCCAUCUUCCACAGUCUCCUUGAGUUCUCCUUCUGCAAUAGGUUUAAUGUCCCUCAGGGAGAGUUGGACGCACACAUACAGGUCAGCAGUUACCUCCUGGCUGAAGCCUUCCUCUCACGGUGCUUGUCCGUCCUCGCUGAUGAACUCAGGCCGGAUAAUUGUCUGUCCUACCUGGAACUGGCUCAGGAGAUCUGCUGUGCAGGCCUGAAGACGACGGUGCUCACCUACCUGUGCAGAAACAUGCUGGAACUGUCUGACGUCCUCAGGUGUCUGAACAACGAGGAGAAGGCGGAAGUCGUCCAAAUGAGGUCACAAGGGGAGCGACUCCUCUGCAGCCUUAGGAAGGAGAACCUGACGACCUGGAAAGACCCAGAAACGGAACGUGCCCGACGCGUGUUCACCCUGACGGGGUCGGAGGGCGGCGGCGUGUGGCAGCCGGUGUCUGAGCUGCCCUUCAGGGCUGAUAAGUGGUGCUUCACCACGGCCGUCCUGUAUAACUACCUGUACAUCAUCGGAGGCUAUCGGCAGCGAGUGAAGAGGGGCUGGGAGUUUAAAAUGGCUUCCUUCAGGUUUAAUCCUCUGACUCGUGCAUGGGUCACCACUGCUCCACUAAUUAAGCACAGAAGGCACUUCAGUGCAGUGGCCUGUGAAGGCUGCAUUUAUGCUGUGGGGGGCUGGUAUUUGGACUCUCUGGUCACCCCAGACUCCUGCACAGCUCUCUAUACAGCUGUAGAACGCUAUGAUCCAUGGGAGGACACGUGGAGGUCUGUGUCCAGCUGCAAACCAGCUGCUGGUUGUGUUUUGAUUACAUUGUGCAUCGCUUGCAGAAUUCCUACAUAUUAUGGCCACAGGCCUGCUAAGUGUAUUCAAAAUAUAGAACCUGGGCUUUGGGGUCAUACAAACUAUUUCCUGGUUAGUGAUGUUAUUCGUUAGAUUAUGUGAUAUGAUCCUCAGGUUUGUCUCCUCGCUGCCGCUCACUGACUUCCAGUUCACCAUGUCUCUGUCCCACGAUGUGCCCCUUGCUACAAGCCUCGGACACAACAUGUAUGUACUGGGAAGCAUCCAGAGAACGGGAGAGAAACUGCUGCUGCAGUACA